GCGUGCAGGUGAGCCGGCUGGCCCGGGUCGCGGGCAUGGCUGAAGCCAGGAAGCGGCAGGAGCUGCUUCCCCUGAUCUACCAGCAUCUGGUGCAGGCCGGAUACGUGCGCGCGGCGCGGGCAGUGAAGGAGCAGAGCAGCCAGAAAAAAUUCCCGGUUCAGCCUUUCACACUUCUGGACAUCUAUACACACUGGCAACUGACUUCAGAGCUUGGCCGGAAGCGGAAGGCAGAGAAAGAUGCAGCCCUGCAAGCCAAGAAGACCCGAGUGUCAGACCCUGUCAGUAGUUCAGAGAGCUCAGAAGAGGAGGAGGAUGAGGCAGAAGCUGAAACUGUCAAAGCCACACCUAGACUUGCAUCUACCAAUGUCUCUGCUGUGGGGGCACAUUUGCCAUCAAGCAUGAAAGAGAAGGCCAAGGCAAAGACCAAGAAAGCAGGCAAGACUGUGAACUCUGUGCCACAUCCUCCCUCGGCAAAGGCAGUGGUCCAUCUCCUCUCUGGAAAGUCACCCAAGAAGUCAACAGAGCCCUCAACAAAUACCACCUUGGUCUCAGAAACAGAGGAGGAGAGCAGUGUCCCUGGCCACAGAGCCGCUGCCAAGCCUGGGACAGUGUCAGCCGGUCCAGCUGACAGCUCCAGUGAGGACACCUCCAGCUCCAGCGAUGAGACAGAUAUGGAGGUGGAAACCUCGGGAAAACCAGCCCAGGUCAAAGCCUCACCAGCUGCCCCCAAGGAGUCUCCAGCAAAAAGGGCAGCCCCAAGGCCUGGGAAGAUGGGGGAUGUGACACCCCAGGUCAGAGAAAGUGUCCUGACCCCAGCCCAGGGGGCCAAGAAGCCAAAAGAGGAGUUGGAGAGCAGUGAGGAGUCAUCUGAGAGUGAUGAAGAGGUCCCUGCAGGGACACCCAACCAGGUAAAGGCCACUGAGAAAUCCCUCCAGGCUAGAGCUGCCCCAGCCUCUGCCAAGGGGAUCCCCGGGAAAGGGGCCACUACAGUAACCCCAGGGAAGGCAGGGCCUGUUGCUACCCAGACUAAGGUGGGGAAACCGAAGGAGGAGUCGGAGAGCAGCAGUGAGGAGGAGUCUGACAGCGAGGAGGACAACCCAGCCGCCACUGCCCUUCUUCAGGUACAGCCGAGGAGGGACACCUGUCAAUCUGGGCUCUCCCGAAGGUUUCCAGGGACUUAUUCUCCUACCCUGUGCUGGGCUCCAGCCAUACCUUCUUGCCCUGUGGUGUCACUGGCCUGUCAGUUCUUCCGUGUACACACCCACACCCUGACUCUCCCCACCACUGUCUCACUGCAGGCAAAGCCCUCAGAGAAGAGUCCUCAGAUCAGGGCUGUCUCAACCCCUGCCAAGGAGUCUCCCAGGAAAGGGGCCCCUCCAGUGCCUCCUGGGAAAACAGGGCCUGCUGCCAUCCAGGCUUCGGCAGUGAAGCCAGAGGAGGACUCAGACAGCAGCAGUGAGGAUUCGGACAGUGAGAGGACACCAGUAGCCAUGACCGUUACCGUGAACCCUACUCAGGCAAAGUCCCUGGGGAAAAACCUCCAGAUGAAACCUGCCUCGAGUGUGGUUCAGGGACCUCUAGGGAAAGGCCUAAGCCCGGUAGUCCCUGCAGCCCAGGUGAAGAAGGUGGAGAAGGCUUCGGAGAGCAGCAGUGAGGAGUCGGACAGUGAGGAGGAAGCCCCACCAGCGACCUUGGCCCAGGCCAAGCUCUCCGGGAAAACCACCCCGGUCAGACCUGCCUCGGGUUCUGCCAAGGGACACUUGGGGAAAGUAGCUGCCCCAGCGCCCCCACAGAAGGCAGGGCCUGGGGUCAGCCAGGUCAAGGCUGAAAGGUCCAAGGAAGACUCCGAGAGCAGCGAGACAUCUUCUGACAGUGAGGAAGAGGCAUCGGCAGCUGUGACUCCAGCCCAGGCAAAACCAGCUUUGAAAACUCCUCAGACCAAGGCUUCCCCCAAGAAAGGCACUCCCAUUACCCCUGUAUCUUCCAAGAUCCCCCCAGUGCACGUGGGCACCCCAGCUCCCUGGAAAGCAGGAACCAUGACUUCUUCCUCAUCCCCAGCUGUGGCCUUGAGUACCCAGAAGCCAGAGGAGGAUUCCUCUUCGAGCAGUGAAGAGGAGUCGGAGGAGGAGGGGGAGUCUGCUUGUGCAGCAGCCGUGGCACAGGUGAAGUCUGUGGGGAAAGGCCUCCAAGCGAGAGCUGCCUUGGUACCCACCAAAGCGCCCUCCGGGCAAGGAACUGCCCCAGCUCCCCCUCGGAAGACAGGGCCUUCAGUUUCCCAGGUUAGAGCUCAGGAUUCUGAAGACUCUGAGAGCAGUGAGGAAGAGUCCGACAGUGAGGAGGAGGCUGCCACUCCAGCACCGGUGAAGGCCUUGGGGAACACCGUUCAGGCCAAAGCCAGCCCAGCUCCCAUUAGAGCGUCUUCAGCCAAAGGCACGUCAGCCCCCGGAAAAGUGCUUACUGCAGUUACUCCAGCCAAACAGGGGUCCCCGGCCAAGGGGAAGCCAUCAGUGAGAACCCCCCAGAACAGCACCRUCACAAUGAAGGGCCAGGCAUCUGUGGCCACCACGGGAAAGGCAGUAGCCGGAGCAGCCCAGACCCAGAAGGGGUCCGUUGGCAGGGCAGAGGAGGAGGACUCAGAGAGCAGCGAGGAGGAAUCAGACAGUGAGGAGGAGGAGGUGGCACCAGCACAGGCGAAGCCCUUGGAAAAUAAACUCCAGGUCAGGAAUGCCUCAGGCCCUGCCAAGGGUUCCCCCAUGAAAGGGGCUCCUCCAGCUCCCCCUAAGUCUGCACCCGCCCAGGCCCCACUGGGGAAGCAGGAGGAUGAUUCAGACAGCAGCAGCGAGGAGUCCGAUAGUGAGGGAGAGACACCAGCAGCCGUGACCCCGGCCCAGAAGGAUGGUACCUCCAAGACUGCCAGAGGCAAGGCCCUGACCUCAGGACCCGCUGAGAAUGCAGAGGUGUCCUCAGACAGCAGUGGCGAAGAGCUGCCAUCAAGCCAGGUGAUUAAACCCCCUCUGAUUUUUGUCGACCCUAAUCGUAGUCCAGCUGGCCCACCUGCUACUCCUGCACAGGCCCAAGCUUCGAACACCCUGAGGAAGGCCCGGGUCUCAGAUGGCACUGCCCGGCACUCCUCCUCCGAGAGCGAGGAUGAAGACCUGAUCCCCGCCACACAGUCCUCCACUCCUGCUAUUAAGACCAAUGUGAUUGUGCCCACUGCCCAUGCACGGACGACUCCCAGAGCCAACAGCAGGGAGGAGUCCAGUCGGACAUCGGAAGGCAAGAAACAGGAGGCAGCAGCCACUCAGGUGGCAAAGCGGAACUCAGCUUCCCUCCCGCUGACACAGGCCGCCCUGAAAGUCCUCGCCCACAAAGCAAAUGAAGCCCAGCCUCCUGCCAGGACCCAGUCUUCAAGUGAGGUUGACAGUGCUGUGGGAGCACUCACUGUGACUCAUCCCCAGAGCUCCCCUGUCCAGAACAGAGUGAACAACAAGCUCAAACAACCCAAGCCUCCUGCAGGCCAGCAGGCCAYAGCCACACCCUCGGGCCUCUCCAAAGCCAAAGCCCCUGGGGGCUCAGACGACAGCGAGGACAGCAGCGACAGCUCUUCAGGGAGCGAGGACACUAGGGGACCUCAGACAGCCAAGUCAAUCCCCAGGCUAGGUCCAACCCCUUCUAAGAAGGAGACUUUGGUGGAGGAGACUACAGAAGAGUCCAGCGAGGAUGAAGUGGUGGCCCCUUCCCAGUCUCUCCUCUCAGGUUAUGUGACCCCGGGGCUGACCCUGGCCAAUUCCCAGGCUUCAAAGGUGACUCCAAAGCCAGACUCCAGCCCCUUGGUUUCCUCUGCUCUGGCAAAAAAAGAUGACCCAGAGGGCAAACUGGAGUCUCAGCAGGCAGCCACUGUUUCCCUUAAAACAGGUAAAAAGGAAGCCACCUCAGGUGCCACCUCUGAGAAGCCCAGGAAGGAAGCCCCGAGCUCCACAGACUCCACACAGGGACUGCAGAGCAACAUUGCCCAGCACUUCCAGGGGGCGCCCUGGCCCCUGAGUGAGGCCCAGGUGCAGGCCUCAGUGAUGAAGGUCCUGAAGGAGCUACUAGAGCAGGAAAGGAAGAAAGCCACAGAUGCCGCCAAGGACAGCAGCCGGAAAGGCCGGAAACGGAAGCUGUCAGGAGACCAGUCAGCCACCAGAGCCCCCAAGAGCAAAAAGAAGAAGCAGCUAGUGUCCGAGGAAGGCGGGGAGAGUGCCGUUUCUUCAGAAAAGGCCUCCAGGACUUCCAAAGGGAAAAAGAGAGACAGAGCAAGUGGCAACACAAAGGAGAAGAAGGGGAAGGGACCUUCCGGCUCCCAUGGGGCCAGGGACCAGCCAGAAGGGGAGCUGGGGAUGGUGAAGGUUGAGGGUGGAGAUCAAAGUGACCCAAAAAGCAAAAAAGAGAAGAAGAAAUCUGAUAAAAGUAAAAAAGACAAGGACAAAAAGGAAAAAAAGAAGAAAGCAAAAAAGGCCUCAACCAAAGACCCUGACUCACUGCUUCAGAAGAAAAAGAAGAAAAAGAAGAAGACCGCAGAGCAGACUGUGUGAGAGGCCAGGCACAAGACAGGGAGUUCUUAACGGAGUAUUGACCAUCUCCAGGCCUCUGACCUCUGCCUACCCUGGCUUGAGACUGGAUUUAUAACUUCUCCCUCUGCAGAAGAUGGCCAGUGCAGGGUCCCCAUGCUGGCCAAGUCUGUGAGCCUGCURGAAGCCUGGUCUGAGGAGGAGGGAGCCCAGCUCCUGGGACCUUGCCCCACUGAUCCCAGCACAGAGCGCUUCACAUAGAUGUGUACAGUAUAUAUAUUUUUUUAAGUGACCUGUCUCCCCCCUUUAAAUCUAACAUGCCCAAGGGCUGGACUUUCCACCGCUUCACUCUGCAGACCCAGUGAGGCCAAGUGUGUGCUCAUCCAUGCACUUGGUCUCUGGCUGAUCCCAAGCCUUUGUCCUCUUUUUGUCUAUUCUUCUGGUUGUGGCU